UUGCCAAAUUCUGGCAACUCUAUGGAAAUAAUACAAAAGGAUGAUUGUAGCCCGCGUUUUUGUUUUAUAUAAAUUUGUUUACAUAUUCGUAUUCGGUAAAUUUAGUUUUAUAAAUGCUUAGAAUUGUGCGCAAGCUUAAAUAAUGUCCAGAAAGCCCGUUAAUCAGAACAAACAGCUGACAAUGUCUGCGUUCCUUGAACUAGAUAAAAACAGCCAAAGCCAAUCGUCGCAAACUACAAAACCAGCAAGAAAAAACAUUUUGGCAGCAAGGACAGCAAAAGCAAAGUUUUACAAUCCCAUUUAUCUGGACUCAUCGUCAUCCGAUGAAGAUGAUGCACAGACUCAGAGCCAAGCACCGACGUCUACUACGAGGACAGUCAAGAGCAAGGCGUCUGAAAAGGAUGUCAUUGGCAAUGCGCUUAUUAAGAGGUAUAGCUUUGAAAAUGCCAAUCAAUCGCCAUUGGCUCCACUGCCACCAAAUAUUGUGAAUAAGCAACAAACACCCACAAAGUCAACCGUAGCUGGGAGUUUGAAAUUGAACUUUGAUAACUUUGAUGAGGUGCUCAGGCAGGAUGCCUCCUAUCAAGCUACACUAUCAAAACUGAAUGGACAUAUUAACAAGCUCCAUGAGUCGCCACUCAAAACACUUUCAGUGUCACAAUCCCCGCAUAAAUCUCUGAAUGACGUUGAAACACCAAAAUUGAACAGCUCGAAUUCCAGCCAAACUCUGGACGACAGUUUUGAUAAAAUGGUGAAAAAAACUGUAAAAGAGGAGCCUCUUUCUGACACCCCCACUCAACUCUUCGUGCCAAUCAGUAAAUCGGAUCUAAUUUCAACCGAGUCAAACUCUCAGAGUUCUCUGAAGAGCUUCAAAGAGAAAACAUUAACUGAGCCAGCAACGGCCAAGCCGAGACUUAAAAUAGUUUUUGAUAACACCCUUGCCGACUAUUUGAGAGAUUUGGGGCAGUACGAUAUAGGUGUGUCCAAGACCGAUAUUGGACAACAGAAUGAGACAAUGCUACGAAGCACAAUGGGCAUGUACAAGUGUAAGUACAUAGAGUUAAUGGAGAAGUACUGCGAGGUGAUUGAUCAGAUACCCGCGGUUCAAUUUAAUGAAAUCGAUGGCUUCGAGGCAAACACUUUUCUCAAGCUGAAAGUCAUGCGUCAAAAAUUUAAAGCGCGUACACAGCUCCUCGAGCGACAAAUAGAGCGUAGACGUCAAGAGCGUAUUAUGCAGCCGGAGGAGCCGGACUUUGACGCACUGGAACGGGAGGAGCGCGAAAUCCAAGCGGAACUGCGUCACAUGCCGUCAGAAACGCCUAACAGUCAUGUAACUGGGCCGUCAGAGGAACCAAACGAGGAGGAGCUAAAUGAUCUAAUAUUAAUGACAAAAACAACCACAACAAAUAGAGCAACAUCUGCAAAAGCAUCGACAACUACGAAAUACGCAAAUGGUCCACCUGACGAUUUGGAUGACCUAGUGCCUGUGGGUGCUCCAAUGGCAGAGUCGGACGAGGAUGAUUAUUUAGCUCAGACCAUGCGACUUGAUGAGGGAGAAUUCUUCAGCUCUACACAAUGCCCUUCGCCUGUUUCGUUAGCUACCCCAGCCAAGUCCAAAACUAAUAUUGAAUCCGAUGAUGAUUUUGAGGACACAAUGAAGCAAAUACGCGAGGAACACGAAGCGCUGAAUGGACGCAAAUCGGAAUUCAAUAACUAUGCCUAUGCGGAUUUUGAGGCUGUCAAGCAGCCGGCAACAAAGAAUUCAAAUGUGGCUAGCAAAAGCUCAACGGUUGUUCUUGAUGAUGACGGCUUUCCAGAGUACGAUGAAGCGCUGUUUGAGCAGGCGCAUAUGUUGGCGUCGCAAACUAUUGACUUGACUUCCAAUGCGAUGGUCAAAACCCAGUCCCACGCCAUGCCUAGUACAAGCCGGACCAGCAGCGCGCUAGCCGCAGUCGCAGCACAGAAGAUCGAGGGUAAUUUUCAUGCCAAUGUGCAUAACGACGGCAUAACUGGCGAAUUCGAUGGCCAGAAAUAUGAGCACUCCACACGUCUGAUGCAGGCACUUAGCUUUAACUUUGGUCUUAAGAGCUUUCGACCCAAUCAACUGCAGGUUAUCAAUGCGGCGCUGCUAGGCAACGAUUGCUUUGUGCUUAUGCCGACUGGUGGCGGCAAAUCUCUAUGCUACCAGCUUCCCGCUAUACUCACCGAGGGUGUUACCGUAGUCAUAAGUCCGCUCAAGUCUUUGAUCUUUGAUCAGGUCAGCAAGCUGUCCUCGCUAGAUAUUUGCGCCAAGAGUAUUUCUGGUGAUCAGUCUUUGGAAGAGGUGAUGACUAUAUACAGGAACUUAGAGGCUCAUCCGCCACUGGUAAAGCUGUUAUAUGUUACACCUGAGAAAAUUUCCAGUUCUCCGCGCUUUCAGGAUACAUUAGACCAACUGAGCUCUAACAAUUAUAUCAGUCGUUUUGUCAUAGAUGAGGCUCAUUGUGUUUCACAAUGGGGCCAUGAUUUUAGGCCCGAUUACAAGAAGCUGGGCAUUUUACGUAAGCGUUUUCCCAAUGUACCCACCAUGGCGUUGACUGCCACAGCAACGCCUCGUGUCCGCCAGGACAUAUUGCAGCAGCUGAAUCUGACGCAUUGCAAAUGGUUUUUGUCCAGCUUCAACCGGCGCAAUUUACGUUAUCAAGUGUUGCCCAAGAAGGGAGUCGCUACGCUGGACGAUAUGCGCAGCUUUAUACAAACGCGUCCUGCGACCUCCAGCGGCAUUAUCUAUUGUCUUUCACGCAAAGAAUGUGAUGAAGUGGCGAAGAAAAUGUGUGCAGUGGGCAUACGAGCGUUAGCCUAUCAUGCCGGCCUGGCGGACACAGUGCGAGAGUCUCGGCAAAAGGAUUGGAUAACAAAUAAGGUGCGAGUAAUUUGCGCCACAAUUGCCUUUGGCAUGGGCAUUGAUAAGCCCGAUGUGCGUUUUGUUCUUCAUUAUUCACUGCCUAAGUCCAUCGAGGGCUAUUAUCAAGAAGCGGGUCGCGCAGGACGCGAUGGGGAAAUAGCUGAUUGUAUACUUUACUACAACUACAGCGAUAUGCAGCGCCUAAAAAAAAUGAUGGAUGCUGAUCGAGCUCUUCAGUACCAUGUGAAGAAGAUACAUAUUGAGAAUCUGAAUCGCAUCGUUGGCUAUUGUGAGAAUAUUACCGAUUGCCGACGUGCCCAGCAAUUGGAUUACUUUGGAGAGCAUUUCACAAGUGAACAGUGCUUGGAGGACCGUCGUACCGCCUGCGAUAAUUGUCUGAAGAAACGCACAUAUAAGCAGAUCGAUGCCUUGGAGCAAUGCCGCAAAGCUGCGUGCGCUGUGCGGGAAUUGUGCAGUGGGCGGUCACGUUUUACACUGCUCCAUAUAGCAGAUGUAUUAAAAGGAUCUAUGAUCAAGAAGAUUGUUGAUUUUGGGCACAAUAAAACGCCACAUCAUGGCGUACUAAAGGACUGGGAUAAGGCGGAUGUGCAGCGUUUGCUACGACACAUGGUGCUGCAGGAUUAUCUAAAGGAGGAUCUUAUCUUUACAAAGGACAUACCUCAGGCUUAUAUUUACCUUGGAAAUAAUAUAACAGCACUCAUGAAUGGCACACCCAAAAUCGAAUUUGCUAUGUCACGCAAGGAGAGUAGCGGCGGGUCUAAGACGGUGGCCAGCGUCUCUGAACCAUCUACAGCAGGCAGAACCGAUAUCAGUAAUCUACACGAUCGUUGUUAUGCAGAUUUGCUUGAUCUGUGUCGUACCAUAGCCGCUGCACGCAAUGUGACCAUGGCUAGUAUUAUGAAUAUGCAAGCCCUCAAGGCCAUGGCCGAGGAGCUGCCGACUACAGAAAAAGACAUGUGCGCCAUACCACACGUAACCAAAGCCAAUUUCGAUAAGUAUGGAGCCAAGCUGCUGGAAAUAACCAGCGGAUAUGCCUCAGAGAAGGAAUGUUUGCAGGUCAUGUACGAAUUGGAGGCUGCUGAAGCUGCAGCUGCUUCAGUGACUUCCAAUGCUUCAAGUAAUGCUCGCGCCUCCUGGGUGGCUCAAGGUGGCGACGACGAUGACUGGGGACAGGCGGCGGCCUCACAAGGGAGCAGUGGAUCGGCGGGCGCAACGCAUGGCGGCAAGCGUAAGCGUGCUUGGCGUGGACGUGCUACGAGCGCCAUCAAGCGGCAUAAAGCUGCUGCAUCACCGCGUAAAAAAGCGACACCUGUACGAAGUAGUCGCGGUGCCAGCGGUAGCAGCAGCAGUCGCGGAGCAGCAUCCAGGAGAGGAACUGCCAGCGGUGCGUCCAGUUGGUUGGGUAAGAAAACGGGAACUAGCAGCGGAUUUCAAUUGAUGCCGCUGCCCGGAUCGCGAUAGUUGAAAAGUUUGCAGAACAAUAAACAUGUCUUUUUUUUUUGUCACUUUGUUAAUCAACAACAACAAGCUUAAG